AUGUCGCGAAACGCGGUGCUCACGGAUGAGCAAAGCAAAUUAAAUGCGCGACUGGAGGCGCAUAUGGUCUACAUAUGCCCGGAAUGUGGCAAAGCCUUUCGCACCCAGGCCGAAUGGCGUCAACAUUUGAACACCAGACACGAUUAUCUCAAAAAGACGUACUCCGAUUUUAAUUUCAUACAAAUCGACGAUAGAUUCCAUGAGUGCCAGCUGUGCUUUAAGUGGGUGGAGAAUGCACACAAAACAAUCGCCUUACUCCAAUAUCAUUACUUUAUGCAUCUGGACCAUCGGGAAACUUAUCGCUGCGUGCACUGCCGGAUGGCGUACACAAGACGCCGGGCUCUGAAUGUGCAUUUGCUGGAGACGCACAUGCGGGAGAUCGAACAAUAUGAAAAUAAAUUGCGCCAUUUAAAAAAGCAGCAGGAGCAGAAGCAGGGAGCACCUAAGCAGCAGAGAACACCUAAGCAGCAGGGAACACCGAAGCAACAGGGAGCACCUAAGCAGCAGGGAGUGCCACUAAAACAAGGAGCGGGUGCAGGUGCACUAAACAGGCAAAUAGCACCUAAGAGGCCUAGAGGAAGACCUCCGAAGGUGACACGCCCCACAGCUCCUAUUGAGAGAGAGUCUCGCCAGCGCAAGGAUUUGCUGCAGAAGGCAUUAAUGGACAUUGAUUUGCAGCCGGAGGAGCCUUCAAGCACCACCAAAUCAAAGCCCAAUGCCAGCGAAUUGGCUUUGGAUCGUUGUUUAAAUGCCUACGAGGAUAUUGUGCGCAACGAGUGUAAACGACAACCCGACAAUGACUUCAUGGACUCACAGCUUGAUGCAUUCUGUAAGGAGUUCUUUGAAGAGACGAUCGAAGAAUGCGAACCUGCUGAGCCAUCGACCCCAAGCAAACAAAGCGAUGAGAAUAAGGAAAUGGUUAUUAUUGAAAUUGAUGCGCUUGGUGAGGAGGAAGUGGAUCAAUUGCAAAAGGAAAUGCAAACAGAUAGAAACGAAGCAUAUGAGACACCCUCGCCAGAAGCGAAGCGAAGACGUGUCUCCACGCCCACCGAACGCGAUACCGUCUCCGAUGUCACCGGUUAUAUGAAGCUAAUCUCGUUUCUGUGUCCAAAGUGCGGCAAAGAGAUUAUAUCUAUGGACGAUUGGCGUACACAUGUUUUUGAAAAGCACGAUUUCGAGCAUUUCAUCGAGAACAGUUUCGAAAUACUGGAGUCGGGACGUGGGAGCAGGUGUCGGACAUGUCGGGAAGUACAGCCCACCACAAAACGGUCGGCACUCGAAAAACAUUGCUUCAAUCAUUUGCCCUACCGAUCCUAUUUAAAAUGCACAUUGUGCGAGCGCACAAAGACCAGCAUGUCCAAAAUGAUAAAUCACAUACGACACAAUCAUCAGGAGGAGUUGCAGCGCAAAAAUAAAACGCAGUUGCUCAUCAAGCCCGAACCCAAAUGGUCAAGUCCCCAAAGAUCAGCGGCAGCCUCUUACGAAAGUAAUCAGUCUUUUGAAAAUACAAAUGAAAAGCUUGCCUGCCCCAAAUGCCACAAAUCCUUUAAGGUUACUUGGCGACUGUACCGUCACAUGGAUAUGUGCCAAGUACCGGGUAUUUAUGAUAAACAUGCUGAGAUUUUGUUGCAACAUUUAGCGGAGGGUCGCAAACGCAUAAAUACUCUAUGGGCGGAAUUGAAAAGUCAGAGUCGUUAGGAAUUAUUACAAUGAUGUGGAAAUAUGUUAGGCACAAAAUAAUAAAAGCAAACAAAAAGCAA